AUGUCCUCCCUCGCGGAUCACCUGUCCUACGAGGCGUUGUGGGAUGGACUGGGCGUCCUCGAGGACGCGCGUGAGGGUCUCCAUGCCGCACUGCGUGAGUCCUAUUUUGCCCUGAGCUCCGCACAGUGGGUGGAGGAGUGUCGGGGUCGUUUGAUCGCCUACGAGGCUGUCCCCCUCGCGGAGGGCGCCGUGCGGCCUACGGUGGGCCUAGUGCGGUCUACCAUUCCGAAGAAUGCGGAAGAGACGAAUACAGAGAAAAAGGAGGAGGAGGCAGAGGUCAGCUGGGAGAUCGAGCAACUCUAUGGGGCCAGCAACUCGGUGGAUGCUAACCAUACACACGCAGAGGACUCCAAGAAUGAUGAGCAGCGGAGCGAACCAUUCAGGGAUUCGAUUUUCCUCUUCAGCGCAGCACCUUCUGAGGAGUUGCGACACUGCCAGCAGCUCUUUCAACGGGUGUUGGAACAUGUUGUGAAUGUAGAUCGCGCUCAAAAUGCGGCGUUGCGGGUCGCUUCGAAUCUCGAGGUGUAG